CGCCCGCGGCAACAGUGCUGCUGGUCGCUGGACAAAUUUCUCUGGGAGGUGGCGGACAAGGAAGCUGCGACUUUGCUUUCCCUUGUGGCCUGGAGUAGAACAUACUGAGCUGCACUGAAUCAUCUGGAUGCACACGCAACUUUAGGAACCGGUGGCAGUUUGUAAAAAGACAGCUGUGGAAGUUGAAGGGACCAGUGGCUUCAAGCAAAAAGUAAAUUGAAAAUGGGAGACGUCUUUUUGUGUAAGGACGCAGAAUCACCACAGAAGAAUCUGAGAGAAUCCAAACAGAAGGACAAGCAUGAUGAAGACCCAGAGCUGAUCUUCGUUGGGGUGGAGCAUGCACAUAAACACGCCGAAAUUCUCUUUGUUGGGGUGAUUUCAAAUUCAAAACCAGUCAUUUCAAACAUUUUGAACAGAGUCACCCCAGGCUCAAAUUCAAGAAGAAAAAAAGGCCGUUUCCGUCAAGAUCCUGCUCACGUGUCACAGCCUGCCAAUCAUGUGACUUCGAUGGCAAAAGCCAUUAUGCCAGUUUCGCCAUCUGAGGAAAGAUCAACAGAUAAUCCUGUCACUAUGGAGUCUUCAUCUGAACCUGGUUGUAAAAUGAGCUCACCACAAGUUGUCUCUCCCAAUUCCUCAGAUUCACUCCCACCAGGGACUCAGAGUCUAGUCAGAGCUGUGGUCUCUGGAGAAGGCAGAAAUGAGAAUUCUCCUGAUUCAAAGCUACAUUCCACUUCAGAUAUAAACAGCAGAAAUCCCAAAAGGGUUAAACUCAGGGAUGGAAUCCCAGGGGUCCAUUCUUUAGCUGUAGUCCCUUCAGCUAACUCUCCUAUUAUAAGCACAAAUGCACCCUCACAGGGGGUCUGCAACUCAUCAAACCAUGUUCAGAAUGGAGUAACAUUUCCUUGGGCUGAUGCUAAUGAAAGGGCACAUUUCAAUCUUAGGAAUCCUGAGAGAGCAAAUGACUUUGAUGGCCUGGUAAUAACAGACGUUUCAAGUCUAGCAAGUCAAAAGAAGACCUUUGAUCCCAAGAAAGAAAAUCUGAUCAUGUUACUUAGUGACUUUUACUAUGGACAGCAUAAAGGAGAUGGGCAGCCGGAACAGAAGACUGACACCACCUUUAAAUGCCUCAGCUGCUUGAAAACUCUAAAAAAUGUUAAGUUUAUGAAUCACGUGAAGCAUCAUUUGGAAUUUGAGAAGGAGAGGAACGACAGCUGGGAAAACCACACCACCUGCCAGCACUGCCACCGGAAGUUUCCCACUGCCUUCCGGCUACAGUGUCACGUUGACAGUGUGCACAUCGCCCAGGGGCCCUCUGCUGUCUGUAAGAUCUGUGAAUUGUCAUUCAAAACAGAUCAGGUCCUCUUACAACACAUGAAGGACCAUCACAAGCCUGGUGAAAUGCCCUACGUGUGCCACGUUUGUCAUUACAGAUCAUCAUUCUUUGCUGAUGUGGAAACACACUUCAGAACAUGCCACAAAAACACAAAGAAUUUGCUUUGUCCCUUUUGUCUCAAAAUUUUCAAAACUGCAACACCAUACAUGUGUCAUUGUUGGAGGCAUAGCAGGAAGAGAGUCCGUCAAUGUUCCAAGUGCCGGCUGCAGUUUUUGACGUUGAAGGAGGAAACAGAGCACAAAACCAAGAACCACCACACAUUUAAAAAGCCAGAGCAACUGCAAGGGUUGCCUCGUGAAACAAAAGUUAUUAUUCGAACUUCAGUUCAGCCAGGCUCAAGUGAUGUGGCUUCCAUUAUUGUGAGCCUGGGUAACAAGAGCAAAACUCGGUCUCAAAUAAAUAAAUAA